AGUUUUACGGCAGGAACCAGUUCCUGCUUUACGACAGCUCCACACUUCCUUUCACACCGGCGCCUCGUCGGGAUUUUCACCGUGAGAGGAGCGGUGUAAUAAAAGGACCGCUUAAGGGUCACAUCAUCCACGGUCAUGGCUAAGUUCAACGCCCCCGUGAUCCAGGACAACCCGUCCGGCUGGGGUCCAUGUGCGGUCCCAGAGAAGUUCAAAGACAUGCCGUACCAGCCGUUCAGCAAAGGAGACCGCCUGGGAAAGGUCGCUGACUGGACAGGAGCCACUUACCAAGACAAGAGAUACACAAAUAAGUAUUCGUCUCAGUUCGGCGGAGGGAGUCAGUACGCUUACUUCCACGAGGAGGACGAGACAAGCUUCCAGCUGGUGGACACGGCCAAGACGCAGAAGACGGCCUACCAGAGGAACCGCAUGAGGUUUGCUCAGAGGAAUCUGCGAAGGGACAAGGACCGCAGGAACAUGACUCAGUUCAACAUGCAGACGCUUCCCAAGAGUGCCAAGCAGAAGGAGAGGGAUCGUAUGCGUCUGCAGAAAAAGUUCCAGAAGCAGUUUGGAGUCCGCCAGAAGUGGGAUCAGAAGUCUCAGGCUCAACUGAAGCCCAGAGACUCCUCUGUGGAGGUGAGGAGCGACUGGGAGGUGAAGGAGGAGAUGGACUUCCCCCGCCUGAUGAAGAUGAGAUACAUGGAGGUGGCCGACCCCCUCGACAUAGAGUGCUGUGGUGCCUUGGAGUACUACGACAAGGCCUUUGACCGCAUCACCACCCGCAACGAGAAGCAGCUGAAGAGCAUCAAGAGGAUCUUCCACACCGUCACCACCACCGACGACCCCGUCAUCCGCAAGCUGGCUAAGACUCAGGGCAACGUGUUCGCCACCGACGCUAUCCUGGCCACCCUGAUGUGCUGCACGCGCUCAGUCAACUCUUGGGACAUCAUCGUGCAGAGAGUUGGUAACAAGCUGUUCUUCGACAAGAGAGACAACUCUGAUUUUGAUCUCCUCACGGUGAGUGAGACGGCCAAUGAGCCGCCCCAGGACGAGGGCAACUCCUUCAACUCUCCCCGCAAUCUUGCAAUGGAGGCGACUUACAUCAACCACAACUUCAGUCAGCAGUGUUUACGCAUGGGUGGAGAUCGCCACAAGUUUCCAGCCUCUAACCCGUUUGUGGAAGAGGACAUGGACAAGAGUGAAGUGGCGUCUGUGGCCUACAGAUAUCGUCACUGGAAGCUCGGGGAGGACAUCGACCUGAUCGUCCGCUGUGAGCAUGACGGCGUGAUGACCGGCGCCAACGGAGAAGUUUCUUUCAUCAAUGUGAAGACUCUGAACGAGUGGGACUCCAGGUACUGUAACGGGGUGGACUGGCGUCAGAAGCUGGACUCUCAGAGAGGAGCCGUCCUGGCCACUGAGCUGAAGAACAACAGCUACAAACUGGCCCGCUGGACCUGCUGCGCCAUGCUCGCUGGAUCAGAGUACCUGAAACUGGGGUACGUGUCUCGGUACCACGUGAAGGACUCUGCUCGUCACGUCGUCCUCGGCACCCAGCAGUUCAAACCCAAUGAGUUCGCCAGCCAGAUCAACCUGAGCAUGGAGAAUGCCUGGGGGAUCCUCCGCUGCGUCAUCGACAUCUGCCGCAAGCUGGAUGAGGGGAAAUACCUGAUCCUGAAGGACCCCAACAAGCAAGUGAUCAGAGUGUACAGCCUGCCUGAUGGAACCUUCAGCUCUGAUGAAGAGGAGGAGGAGGAGGAAGAUGAAGAGGAUGAGGAGGAUGAAGACGAAGAGAAUUAAAGACUGAAGUUCCUAAGACCAAACGAUCCUUCAACAUCCUUAAAAAAUCUGUUUAAUUAAUUUACAAUUCAAUAAAGAGAACAGACUGGAUACAAAA